AUGCAGCUCCCACGGACAGGAAUCCUGUUCUUGCUUCUGCUCGCUGGCCUCGCCUUCAUUCCGGCCCAGGAGCCCCCCACCUGCCCAGAACCCAAAGUGAUGGAGAGCAGCAAAAUAAUUGUUCUGCAGGGCUGCCCAGGCCUCCAGGGGGCCACUGGGAGCCCUGGAGAAAAGGGGGCACCAGGCUCUAGAGGACUGCCGGGGCCACCAGGGAAAGCCGGACCCAAGGGGGAGCCUGGAGAUCCUGUGGACGUGUCAAAACUGUGCCAGGCAGGACCCAAGGACUGCAGGGAACUUCAGAGCCGAGGAGCCUCCCUGAGUGGCUGGUACCAGCUGUGCCUGGCCAAUGGCAAGCUCCUGUCUGUCUUCUGUGAGAUGACCUCUGCGGAUGGGGGCUGGCUGGUGUUCCAGAGACGUCAGGAUGGCUCUGUGAAUUUCUAUGAAUCCUGGGCAAGCUACAAGGCUGGCUUUGGGAGCCAGGAGUCUGAAUUCUGGCUUGGAAAUGAGAACCUCUAUCAGCUUACCCGUGAAGGUAACUUCUGAGGCUGGUGGGAACUUCGAGUGGAGCUGGAAGACUUCAAUGGUACCCAAACCUUCGCCCACUACCAGGGCUUCAGGAUCCUGAGUGAGGCUGACAAAUAUCAACUGGUUCUUGAUAAGUUCCUGGAGGGUAACGCCGGAGAUUCCCUGACUUACCAUAGUGGAAGGGCCUUCUCCACCUAUGACGUCGAUAAUGACACCAGGACUGGGAGUUGUGCAGUCAUUGUAAAAGCAGCCUGGUGGUACUCAGCCUGCUAUAAAUCCAACCUCAAUGGGCUCUAUGCAAGCACUGAGGCAAAGGCACACAAGUAUGGUAUUGACUGGGCCACCGGGAGGGGAGUGGGCCAUCCCUAUCGGCGAACCUCAAUGAUGCUCCGAUAGACAAGGGCAACUCCUGCAGCAUCCUAUGUGACCUUUGGCAAGUCAUUUCUCCUCUGCAGGUCUUAUUAUCUCUGAGGUCCUUCUAACUCUGACACUUCAGAUCCUAAAAUCCCUCCUCAUUUUGUUCUGUAUUCCUGAGGUGCUAACAUCUCUAAUAUUUUAUGUCCUAACAGUCUCAGCUCGAGGUGAAGUCAAUAAGCAUUCAU